UACCGAAUUAGCUCAAACGGUACCUCUUGAAAGAUGAAUGGGCAGCAUAAAUAGAAGACGUCAUCACACCUCAUUCUUACACACUAUGAAUGAGUUUGACUUUGCGCUUUAAAAGUGAUAUCCUGAUAGCGAUUUAACAUUCGCAAGAGAAAAAUCUCCUUUUUUUUUUUUCUCUCUUCCCAUCUUUCAUUUUCUAGUAGAGUAAAGGCAAUGGAGAGUCUGCCCUCUGGUUAUCGUCCCAACGUUGGAGUUUGUCUCAUCAAUGACGAUAAUUUGGUGUUCGUAGCUUCCAGAUUAAACGUUCCUGGAGCGUGGCAAAUGCCUCAGGGUGGUAUUGAAGAUGAUGAGGAACCAAGGUCUGCAGCAAUCAGAGAAUUGAGGGAAGAAACUGGAAUUGUGUCUGCUGAAAUAAUUGAUGAGGUUCCAGGAUGGUUGACCUAUGACUUCCCACCGGCUGUAAAGGCAAAAGUCAAUCGUUUAUGGCGUGGAGAAUGGCAUGGCCAGGCACAAAAAUGGUUCCUUAUGAGAUUUAAAGCUGAUGAAAGUGAAAUCAAUUUAGCAAAUUGCGAAACAGACCCUGAAUUCGCAGAAUGGAAGUGGGCUACCCCUGAAGAAGUCAUUGAGCAGGCAGUGGACUACAAGAGGCCAACGUACGAAGAAGUCAUGAAAACCUUCGGGCCUUACUUGAACUCAGGAAAAGCUACAAAGUGUUACUCAACUAAAUGGUGAACAAUAUCAUGUGUGUGUUACUUGCAGNUAAAUAAUUAUUAUUAUUAUUUUUUUUGUU